ACUCCUCUCAACUUCAUAAACAUUCUCCCCACUGCUUUAGUUUUUCAUCCUUUCCUCGCUGUGAAGCAUAUAGAGAGCGAGUGGAUUUCAAAUCUUUAAUAUUGAAUCGGUUGAAUAAUAACAAGAGACAGAGGUUUUCAAAAUAGUGUUCUUCUUAGCUUGGCAGCUCACUUUUUUUUUACAGAUCUGUGGCCUUGACCCCUCGCUUUCAGCUGAAAGAGAACUGGGGUUUUACUUUCUUGGCAGAGGAUAAAUAGGAAUUCAAGAUUCUCCUCCAUCGCAUACCAACUAGUUCAAAGAUUUGAUUUUUCUUUUUUCUUUUCGAACACAGUUUCUUACUUGACUCUGAAUAGAUAUCUACAACGGAAGGGUUUUUUUCAAUCAAGAAAACGAUUUGCUAGCUGUACUUUUUCUUGCCCGCACAUUUCUUGAAAAAAUCUACCCGGCGGCAAAGUGAGGUUUCCUUAUUUUCCAUGAAAAUUGAUCCCAGUUCAGAAAAAAUUGAAACUUGGUUUAGCCUUUUGGGAUAGGAGUAAUUUUGGUUGUUACAAAGAUGAUUCCUUUGUUCUUUCUGGUUGUGAGUGCGGAGGGUUUGAUCGCAUUCCUUUUAAUGGUGAAGAUUGGCCCGUUUAGGGAGCUUGUAAUAAAGGGUUUAGAUCAAGUGAAGACGAGAAGGGCUACAAUUCUAACCAUUGCUGGAACUAUCCUUGCCAUUUUGUUGUCUGAUUUAUAUAGCAUUCUCAAGAUUCAGAACAAGGGCACCAAACAUGGCACUAUGACGCCAAUGGAUCAAGUUCUUUGGAGGACAAACUUGCUAGAGGCAACUCUUAUGGGCUUUUCUCUGUUCCUCGGCUUCUUGAUUGAUCGUAUGCAUCAUUACAUACAGAAAUUGAUAAAAGUGAGGAGCGACACCGGAGUUUCAAAGCAAGAAGUGGAGAAUCUUGAGUUUUUUAGACCACCCCAAACUCCACGCUAUCCCCAACGGGUCCUAGUCCACGUCAUGGUCCCGCUGGACCCCGACGUAUGACGAGAGACAAAAGGUUCAUGCUGGACCACCCCGACGCACAACGGGAGACAAAAGGUCCCCACUGGACCCCGACGCAUAACGGGAGAUAAAAGGUCUCCGAUGGACCCCGACGGUCCAUGGUGUAUCCCUUCGUGUAGCAUGUCCAGGUGCAUCGUGUCUUUUCAGCUCUCACUGGCUAGUGCACGAGUCAAUAACCCCCGGCGGUUACAAUCAAACCAUCAUGGCACACAUAAUGGUUGUUGACUCCAUCAAUGCCCUGCAGGUGGACUUGGCCUAUAAAUAGGCAUGCAUCCAUUGCAUUCAAAAACAGAACAUACAUAAGCAUCUUGCAUACACGCUAUCUCCCUCUCUGCAUAAUCUUCCCCGUCGAAGCUCUGCCCCGCCUUACUCCCGUUCGUCGGAGCUCUGUUGCUAGCGGUGCUGCUACUUCAGAGACGAAGCCGUUUUAUCUUUGGGGACGACACGCCAAACCGAGAGCACUACCAGGGCGUAUCUCGUCUUGCGGAAAGAGGACUCCUCGACUCGGCUUACCACUUUCCACAAGUUUUCUGUGUAAUUUUGUUCAGUUAUUUUUCGUGUAAUUUCCUUGUUUUAUUUUCCAUUAUAAUUUCGCCCGGCAAGAUUUGUAUAUCUCAAAUUUUCCAACAAGUUUUCAGUGUUGCUA